AUUUUAACAAGACUCUCUUGUUCAUUGGUUUAUUUGAUCACAUGAUAUUGUAAAAUUUAAGGUCGUGUGCAAAAGCGUCGGUUGACCCAGUAAUCCUUUGAAGAAAUUAUGGCUGGCGGUAAAGCGGGAAAAGAUUCAGGAAAGGCCAAGGCAAAAGCUGUUUCUCGUUCCCAGAGAGCAGGUUUACAGUUUCCAGUUGGUCGUAUUCAUCGUCAUCUAAAGAACAGGACAACCAGUCAUGGACGAGUAGGAGCUACGGCAGCUGUUUACAGCGCUGCAAUUCUCGAAUACCUCACAGCUGAAGUACUUGAGUUGGCAGGUAAUGCUAGUAAGGACUUGAAGGUAAAGCGUAUCACACCUCGUCAUUUACAGCUUGCCAUCCGUGGAGAUGAAGAAUUGGAUUCUCUAAUCAAAGCUACGAUCGCUGGUGGUGGUGUCAUUCCACAUAUUCACAAAUCACUCAUCGGCAAAAAGGGAUCACAGAAGACAUAGACUCUUCGUUAACCAGAUCUUUUAAUCUCUUUAAAUGUUAGUGUAUUCUUAGAACAUUUUUAUGUUUGACAGCAUAUAUUCAUUAUCACUGUUAGUGGAAGAUCCAUUUUACAGUUCAUAUUUUGAGAAAAAUUGUUUUAUUUUGGUUUUAAUUUUCCCAUAUUCAUGUUUGGAUACAUUUUUAGCAUUCAUCUCAGACUCAUUAAGUUAAUAAAUGGAGAACAGGUGUUAGUUCAAUGUCUGUGUAAAUGUUUAUGUUUUUAACCUGUGAAGCAAAUAUGAAAGGAAUUAUAGCUCACAAUAAUACAAAAGUUAGUGUUGUAAAUAAACUUGUAAGAGAAGUUA